AAUUUAGAGUUAUUAUGAUGAGUUUUCUGAUCAUUUUAUACUUAAAUAUAUUUAAAGAGAAAUAGCUAAAUAUUUUUGUUGACACAAUUAUAAAUUUGAUUUCCUGAUUUAAAAGAAUGUAAAGCUGUACUAUAAUUUUUUUACUAGUAUUUUUGUAUUUAUUUUAUAAUAAAUAUUUUACGGUGCUGAUGAAAAAUUUUAUUGUAUCGAAGAAAUUUUUUUUGGCCCCCCUUACAGAUGUUUGCUGGCUUCGUCCCUGCCCAUAUAUCUAUUGACAAAACUUCUUAGCUAAAAUUAUUUAUAUGACAUUUUUAUUGAUGAAAAGUCUUAGAUAAAAUUGUUAAUGUGACAUAUUUAUUACAUUUAGAUGAUUAUUUUAGAGACUAUUUAUUUCACAAUUACAGCCCUUUGUCCCUUGCGAAACAUAUAGUUCAUAAUAUUUGGUCAGUUUUUUGAUGGAAUCUAAGUAUUAUUUAAUUUUACAUAAGCACAAGUAUAUGUAAAGUAUAAACCCCUUAUUGAAGUAUAUAUACCUGAGUAACCAGACCCUUUGGGUGGCCAAAUCUUUACAUAAUGAGUUUAGCGGAUCGACCAUAAUAUGAGAUUUGUAUGUGAAGAUCCUGAUCCAUUGUACAUGUAUUAAGCGUAUCUAGUGCAGCAAUGAACAUAAUGGCGUAGAUAGAGGGAAUCUGAGGGGAGCAGGACUUGACACACAUAUGUCUAUUACUCUCUUGACCUUUUCAGUAAGGCGAGAGAGAGUGAUAGAAGAUGCAGCAUAUUGGACGUAGUAGUAAUAAAUGAAGGUGACUUAUAUGGUGAACUUGGCCAUUUAUCAAUCUGUCUUUGUUUCUCUCUCUCUCUCCGUCCAAAAAGAGCAAAAGAGUGAAAGACCUUUUGUUUCUCUUGAAAACUGCAGGACAUUACACCCAAUCUAUAGUCCUUCUCAGCUAGGUUGCUAUCCAUACUAUUUAUGUUGACGAGAUUUCUGGGCAUGCCAUGUGAUCUUAUGUUAGAUUCUCUUUGGAUCUUCUGCUCUUUCCUUCAUUUCCGUUCCUUAAUCUUCAUCAACCCCCAUAAGUUGACCCAUGUGAGUAAGCUAAUGCAGCUUUUUAUUGCACCCGCUCUUCUCACCGCUUCUGUUACCUCAAUUUAAAUCUUUGUAUUUUUAAUAUAUUAAAUACUCUUUGUGAGUUUUUCAUCAUUAAAACAUGAUUACAAUGUCAUAAUGCCCCUGUUCACACAUUCUCCUACACAAGGGAUAACACAUUUGAAACGCAAACAUAAAGAGACAAUCUUAGCUCACAUGAUAGGAUGGUUAAAUUUAUUUUUCCGAAAUAAUAAUUUAUUUCUGGAAAAAAGUAUGUAUAAUUAUAAUUUAUUCUGAAAUACGCCGUUAGUUUUUUGCUAAAUAAUGAAUAUAAAAUAACUCCUUAAUAUUUAUAUCUAAAAAACUUAUACAAAAAUAUAUUGUUUUUUAAAAAUUAAGUCCUAAAAUUAAUAAAACAAACCUCCCCAAACAGGGUCAUAAUCGUUAUUUAGGAAAAACUCAACAUGAAUUGUUUACCAAAAACUCGCGAGUCAGCCUUGUUUAUCUUCAAAAUGAUAUAUUUUGUUCGGUUAAAGACUCUACCAACUUGCCCUAUCUUUACAAACAUAACCAAGUUCAUCUCACUUGUGGAAUGAGCCAAUUUUCUACAGGAUGUCAGUCUAGUUUCCAGCAUAUGCAUAAAAAUUUAGGAUUAAGUCAUUUAGCAAUUUUUCCACGAAUAUAAUGUCAUGACAUUGGUGGGACGGACCUUAUAUAUGCUGCUACCGCGAGAGUUUGAUAUGUUCACUCAACUUGCGUGAGAGAGCUGUAUAGUACAAAAACUAAAAAUCACCACUGUAAUAGUAUUUGUGUUAAAAGGGAGCAAUGCUAUAACUUGUUCUAAAUAUAGAACAAAACAUUAUAAUUAUCAUCACAUUAAAAAAAGAAGUUUAGGUUAAAAAAAUUUAAUUUGUAAUUAAAGAGUGAUUUGUAGUUAAGGUGUGGGGUAUUUGAAAAAUUAGUUAAAUAUGGAACAAGAUAGAACACCAGCCAUUGAGAUAUGUUGUUAUUUUAGCACCAAAAACCCAAAAAAUCAUUUUUUUGGUGCUAAGUUAUAGGAAUAAGACAGCCAUUAACUUGCUCCAGGAUCAUAAUAGUAUGCAAAAGAGAAAUAAAAUCCAAAGAUUGACUUUGGUAAUAAGAAGCGUAAACAAAUACCAGUAAUAAUAAAGAACAAGUGAACAAAGCAAGUGCAAGUGUGUUAUACUGUAAAGUGGGAUGUUGCUUGAUACUCCCUCCGUCCCACAAUACAUGUCUCUUUUGGAAAAAAAUUUUGUCCCACAAUACAUGUCUACUUUUAGUUUCCAAUGCAAAUAUAUUGCAAAUAUUUCAAAAUUACCCUUCUUGAAAGUUGUAUAACAAUUAAUGGAGGUUGAAUAAGAGUCUACAUUCAUGCAUUUAUUAGGGGUAGAGGUGAGAAAAUUUUAUCUAAUCAAUGCUUUCUUAAUAUGCGUAAUUUUUUCAAAAGAGACAUGUAUUGUGGGACGGAGGGAGUAAUUGAGAUUCUUUUGUCAUAUAUAGGUAAAGUUGGAUUCAAGAUGCUGGAGGAUGUCAUUUGAACACAAAGAGCAUAAGAAUGUUUUUGUAUUUAAGUAUUUUAGAAUGUAGAUUUGUGUGUGUCACAGUCUCCAGGAGGCAAAAUGGUCCCCAAACAGUGCAGGAAGCAAAAGACAAUGAAUUGUGCAGAAACUUAAAGGAAGGUAUGCAAAAUUUAGGUUGGAUAUUGGAUAAUUAUCAAAGCUGGGCACCAUUUAAAAAAAGCAAGUAGAGCUAGCCAACAGAACACAAGUCUCCAUAUUUUAUUAGGCUAUUCACCAUUUUAGGCAAAAUGCAAAUGCAUCUCCUACACUAGUUGUUUGGCUGGAUUUACUCAUCAUGACUACAAUCAAAAAGAGGUCCCCCCACUCUUGUUUCAACCACAUUCUCUUAAUUCUCCAUUAUAAUCACUCUACUGCUGCAUCUCUUUCCCUCCCAUUUCUUUUCUCCAAACCAAAUCAUUUCUCUCAGAAAAUCUGUCUCCCAUAUAAAUAUUUGUUUUUUUUUUUCAUGCAACAUUUUCUUGCAAGAAGCUACAGUUUUUAGUUCAAGCUGGUCUUCAAAAAAAAUUUGACAAGACCCAAAGUACCAUGACUUGUGCAGGGCAUCUAGACAAAAAGCCAUGCAUUAUGAUACUACUACUACUAUAGCCAAGCGGUGUCGUUUGGAGUUAUAGGUGGUGUAGCUAGGUAGCUAGCUGGGAUAAUAUAAUAAGCAGAAGCUGCAGGUCAUUGAACAGAAGGGCUAUGCAUGUAUCUGAUGUUGUACGAGUGCCUGUGGCCUGUGCUAUAUCUAUCUAUAUUGUGAUCAGAGAAACAGUUUUGUCUACUCUAGCUCCCCCUUCACACCAAAGCUAGUUAAAAACAAAGGCUCUGCAGACAUGGCAGAGCUAAGUUAUUGCUUUGAUAUAUGGUCAAAUCAUAAGCCCAGUAAUUAGUCACCAUCCUCUUACACAAAAAACACUCUUGCAUUAAUAUUUUUUCCCAAGAUCGAGAGACAUGGAGAGGAGUUAUUUUACAAGCAGUACUUUUAUUGUUUUGACAGUGGAUUUUAAAUUUCGACUUGUGAUUCAGAGAGUAAAUGUGGGAUUGUACAUAAGUUUCUUAUAUGCAUGAAUAAGAAGGAGUUUAAGUCAAGGGUGUUAAUGAAGAAUAAACGUACAGUGCAUGCAUAGCAAAGCAUAAAAUAGCAUAGCAUGUAAAUGUAAAAGCAAAGGGGAGGGAAAAAGAGAGGAGGCAAGGUGGAGCGGAGGAACAAAAGCAAAAGAGGAGGUCUUUCUCAUGCACGGAUCCCAAGAGAAUGCUGGAUGGAUACCCAGCAUUUCUUGCUGGAACUCAUUCUUUUUGUUUUGUUUAAAGGGACUUGCUUUCUUCUAUUUACAUACCUUUUCAGACUUUCUUUGUGUGAGAGAGAGGCCAAUUAAAUAAAGAGAGGGCAUUGAUUUAUCUAUUCAUUCAGUGACCAAGUUAGAUUUUGUUUAAGAUCAUGCUUUGAUUUUUUUUGUUUCACAAGUCUGCAGCUAGUAAACAAACAAAAUAACAGUCACUGGUUAGUUUUCAAAAUGGAGGGAAGAAAAGAAGAGAUUUUUAGUUUUUGUGGAUAUAUAUGGUGAUUAGUUUAUUAGUUUCCCAAUCAUUGAGUUGCCUUGCAACCAAGAUAAGUAACAAAGGAAAACACUUGCUAGCUACUCAAAUAUCUUUCUCCAUCUUUUUCCUUGUUUGUGUGUGAAAGUUAAGAGGGGCAUCAAGAAAAUGAGUAAUGAUACAAGACUUAACAGCAAAAACAGUAACAACUGGUUGGAUUUCUCUCUUUCCCCUGACCACAUGAACAACAACAUGGAGUCUCCUUCAGAGCCUCCUCCUCAGCAUUCUACCUCUACUUCACCACUUCCAUCAAGCUCAGCUUCUUUUUCUCAGCCUCCUCAUUUUAACUACCCAAAUUUUUACUAUGGUGCUGGAGGAGAAAAUGGUGGCUAUCUUUACUCUCCUCUGUCUGUCAUGCCCCUCAAGUCUGAUGGCUCACUCUACAUAAUGGAAGCCAUGUCCAGGUCUCAACCACAAGGUAUGGUAACUUCAUCAACUCCAAAACUUGAAGACUUUUUUGGGGGAUCAACAAUGGGGACCCAUCACUAUGAAACCAGCCAUGACAGCAGUUCAGCAAUGGCUUUAAGCCUGGAUAGCAUGUAUAAUUACCACCAUAACCAAGCCCAAAAUGUUCCACACAACAGCCAAGAUCUCUUAAACCUUCUUCAACACAACUCUAGCCAGCAGAUUCAGGUCCAGCAUUACCCUGAUUACUCCUCAUUUGCAGGCCAAGAGCUGUACCAGAUACCGCAAGCCGAAAACAAAGGAACCCCCCAGCUUUCCCAUGAUCACAACUCUGGAAUGAAGAAUUGGGCUUCUUCUAGUCAUUACCCAGCUAGUCAUGCAGUGGAGCACCAAAAGAUGGUAGAGUGUAUGAGUGAUGAGAAUGGGGGAGAAUCAACUUCUGUUGGGUAUGGAAACAUACAAUCUUUGAGCUUGACCAUGAGUCCUGCUUUGCAGUCAAGCAGCUGUGUCACUGCUUCACACCAAAUUUCCUCUGCAGUGGCUGAUUGUUUGGUUAUUGAUACAAAGAAAAGAGGGCCUGGAAAGGUGGAUCAGAAGCAGGUUGUUCACAGAAAGUCCAUAGAUACAUUUGGCCAAAGAACCUCACAGUAUAGAGGUGUUACAAGACAUAGAUGGACUGGUAGAUAUGAAGCACAUUUAUGGGACAAUAGUUGCAAGAAAGAAGGACAAAGUAGGAAAGGAAGGCAAGUGUACCUGGGUGGUUAUGACAUGGAAGAGAAAGCUGCAAGAGCUUAUGAUUCAGCAGCACUCAAGUACUGGGGACCUUCAACUCAUAUUAAUUUUCCGUUGGAAAAUUAUGGUCAAGAACUUGAAGCUAUGAAGAAUAUGACCAGGCAGGAGUAUGUUGCUCACUUAAGAAGGAAAAGCAGUGGCUUCUCAAGGGGAGCUUCUAUGUAUAGAGGAGUGACAAGCAGACACCAUCAACAUGGUCGAUGGCAAGCUCGGAUUGGUCGAGUUGCAGGAAACAAGGACCUUUAUCUUGGGACAUUUAGCACCCAAGAGGAAGCAGCUGAGGCAUAUGAUGUUGCAGCAAUCAAGUUCCGUGGUACAAAUGCUGUAACAAACUUUGACAUCUCAAGGUACGACGUGGAGCGAAUCAUGGCAAGCAAUACUCUUCUUGCUGGAGAACUUGCUAGGCGAAAUAAGGAGGUUACCUUGGCUAUUGAGGCCCCUAAUCCCAACUCUUUUGGCCAUAAUCAUAAUAGUGAACCAUGCAUAUCCUCAAAGCAGAACAAUGUAAGCUCUAUAUCUGAAUGGAAAAUGGCAUUGACAAAUCAUGCCUCUCAGCCUAGCAAAAGAUCAGUUGGUACUGAAGAUUACAUGGCCCAAGCCUAUUCAGUGGCCAGACAUGAUUUGCUACAAAUCGGAAUCGACACAAUGAGCUCAGUCCCGGAUGAGGCCUCAAAAAACUGCACUCCUCACUUGUCUAAUGCUUCUUCACUGGUUACUAGCUUAAGCAGCUCAAGAGAAUGCAGCCCUGACAAAAACAAUGUAGUGCCUCUUGUGAGAAUGCCUGCAUUAGCAACUAAGUUCCUGAGUGGUUCUUCUACAAAUGCUGGUUCUUGGAUCUCAACAGCCCAAUUGGGUCCACAUGUGCCUGUUUUUGCUGCAUGGACAGAUGCAUGACAAUAUAAAGAAAAGUUGUGAAUUAUUAUGGAGAAUAUUUAUGGGGUAAAGAGUAGUGUCAAUGGGGUAGGUGGGACCUGGAAACUGCAUGUUAUCACAGUUUCCACAUUUUCAAUUCUCAACUCUUUUCUUGUAUUGUUAUUAUGAAGAUCUUGAAAAUAUUGGUGGAGGGAAGCUAGGAAAAAAAUGAUGAUCAAAACUUAAUCUCAAUGCUUUCUUUAUGUUGCA